GCCGGGAGCCGCGCGGGGCAUUGUGGGACGGUGGGGCGGCAGGCGGCGGCGCCCGGAGCAGGCCCGGACCGGGGCGGGCGGGGGGGGGGCGGGGAGCCGGGACCGGAGCCCCCCCGGCAACGCGGGAUGGGCGACAGCGACCGCGACUGCCGGAGCCCAGACAGCUCAUCCCUGAGCGCCUCCCCGCCCCCCCCGGAGCCGUCGGCCCCCCUCCACCACCCCUCCAUGAUCGGUUCGGCCAUGACCUCCCUCAACUCCCCCGUCGCCAGCCUGGGCUCCCCGUUCCCCGUCAUCAGCUCCUCCAUGGGCUCCCCGGGGCUCCCCGCCACCCCCGCCAUCGCCUACGGCCCCGUCAGCAGCCCCCAGAUCAAUUCCACGGUCAACCUCUCGGGGCUGCACCCCGUCAGCAGCUCGGAGGACGUGAAGCCGCCUCUGGGGAUCCGGGCUGUCCCUUGUCACCCCCACGGCCCCGGCGUCGCCGGCAAACGCCUCUGCGCCAUCUGCGGGGAUCGCUCCUCGGGGAAGCAUUACGGGGUGUACAGCUGCGAGGGUUGCAAAGGCUUCUUCAAACGCACCAUCCGCAAGGACCUGACCUACACCUGCCGCGACAACAAGGACUGCGUGGUGGACAAGCGCCAACGCAACCGCUGCCAGUACUGCCGCUACCAGAAGUGCCUGGCCACCGGCAUGAAACGGGAAGCCGUGCAGGAGGAGCGACAACGGGGGAAGGAGAAGGAGGGCGAUGGCGAGCUGGGGGCCAACGCCAACGAGGAGAUGCCGGUGGAGAAGAUUUUAGAAGCCGAGUUGGCGGUGGAGCAGAAAUCGGACCAAAGCGUUGACGGCGCCGGCACCGGCGGCAGCUCGCCCAAUGACCCGGUGACCAACAUCUGCCAGGCCGCCGACAAGCAGCUCUUCACGCUGGUGGAGUGGGCCAAGAGGAUCCCCCAUUUCUCCGAGCUGCCCCUGGACGACCAAGUCAUCCUGCUACGGGCGGGCUGGAACGAGCUGCUCAUCGCCUCCUUCUCCCACCGCUCCAUCUCGGUGAAGGACGGCAUCCUGCUGGCCACCGGCCUCCACGUCCACCGCAACAGCGCCCACAGCGCCGGCGUGGGGGCCAUCUUCGAUAGGGUGCUGACCGAGCUGGUCUCCAAGAUGCGAGACAUGCGCAUGGAUAAGACGGAGCUUGGCUGCCUUCGCGCCAUCAUCCUCUUCAAUCCGGAUGCCAAGGGACUCUCCAACCCCGGCGAGGUGGAGCUGCUCCGGGAGAAGGUUUACGCUUCCCUCGAGUCCUACUGCAAGCAGAAGUACCCGGAGCAGCAGGGCAGGUUCGCCAAGCUGCUCCUGCGCCUGCCGGCCCUGCGCUCCAUCGGCCUCAAAUGCCUCGAGCACCUCUUCUUCUUCAAGCUCAUCGGGGACACCCCCAUCGACACCUUCCUCAUGGAGAUGCUCGAAGCCCCCCACCAGCUCUCCUGAGCCCCCCCAGAAUUCGGGGGGCGGGGGGGAAGGGGGGGCAACAGAGUCCUCCCAAGGGGUCUUGGGGGGGGGUCCCUUGUGUUCCUCCCCCCACCCCACCUCAGCCCCUUGUAAAAUAACACCACACACACACACACCCCCCUCCCCAUCCUGGGGUGCCCGUCGUGCCGGGGCGGCUCCCCCUGGGGUGGGGGGGGGGGGGAAGGGCAGGGGGUGGCCCCCCGACACCCCCAAACAGCGUGUCCCGGGGCUGGGGGAGGAGAGGGGGGUCCCCAUCCCCCCCCCACCCCACCACUCAGGCACCCGAUAGCACUUUGAAUCGCUUCCCGCACCCCCCCCUCUCCCCCCCCCCGACUAUGCAGCAGGUACCCGGGGCCGGGGUGGGGUGGGGGGGGGGUCCCCAGCCACCCCGGGGCCGCUGAGGGGGGGGGGGACGACGUGGGGGGGCUUUGUUUUUAUUGUAGGUCCUACAGCCCCCCCCCAAGCCCCCCCCCCGCCCCCUCCCCCGUGAUUUUAUUUGGCUUCGGCGUCUCCCACCCCCACCCCAAACCCCCCCCCCCCCGCCCCGAACUUGGUCGCUUUGGAUUUUCAGUGAUUAAAGUUGCUGCUUCUCAGUCA